GUCAGCCUAUGACAUCACACAGCAAAUGAGCUCACGUCUGCCGUAUCAAAGGUCUCUGAUGGGUUCACCUGGUGAAAGGUGAUGAUGACAUCACAGACGGUCACACUUCCCCACUCCUCGCUUUCUCAUUGGUCUGUUAAUAGUCGUCAGGAUGUGAUUGGUGCAGCAGUCACCAGGUUGGUCAGCAGGAGGUUCCUAUUGGUUGUGUCUGACCCGUUUGUCCGUUAUCUGGGACCAUGGGAGUAUAGAUCUGGGCCGUUAUCAGACAGCCGUCAGCUCUCUUUCCAGAACAGGACUGACAUUUAUCAUCUUUACUGACUUGUUUUCCUUCGACCGUCUGUGUUGUUUAUGGAUUGUCCCAGGCCACUCGGGGUGGAGCUUGUCCGCAUUAACAACUCACCAUCUGUUACUCCUUCUGUGGUGUGGCUCUGCACACUUCUUCUCUGUCCUUCCUCCUUGUUCCAAUGUGUUGUCGGGCGGCUCGGCCUCCAGCGGCCUCGGUGCUGAACUCCGGCUCAUGGUGAGGUUCUGCUGCCAAGGCCGCGUCGGUGGCGGCACGCAGCAGGAGUGCAACCUGCUGCGGCAGGUGAGGCGGCGGCGGCGGCGUGCAGCCAGUGGAGAGAGUGAGAGAGAUGGAGGAGGAAGAGGGGUGAGGACAAGAGCAACCGCACGAUUCAGGCUCCGGGUGCCUCGUCUGGCUCUGCGUCAUCGUCUGAGCAUCCUCAGUAAUGGCGUCUGUCGCCCCGCCCCUUGGCAUCGUCGACCAAUUGCUUUCCUUGGCUUCAUCUUGUCAGUAAAUGCCCUGCGGCCGCUGGCUAAUCGGGUGGCGCUCUACCGGUCCUUUCCGACUCGUCUCGUCUCUCGUGCCUGGGGACGUCUGAAUGGGUUGGACCUCCCUACCUGGCUUCGUAAACCCAUCUACUCGCUUUACAUCUGGACUUUUGGGGUCAACAUGCAGGAGGCAGCAGUAGAGGACUUGCAUCAUUACAAAAACCUGGGAGAAUUCUUCCGUCGACGUCUCAAACCUGCAGUCAGACCCGUUUGUGCUGCCUCCUGUCUGACCUCUCCAGCUGAUGGGAGGAUCCUGCAUUUUGGUAGAGUAAAAAACUCAGAGGUGGAACAGGUGAAGGGGGUGACCUACAGUCUUGAGAACUUCCUGGGCCCGCAGAUGAGUUGCAGUGAUGGAAAGACCCUCCUGUCAGGUCCACAGGUGUCAGAUCAAACAGUCUCGUCUACCUCGUCUUUCCGAGACCACCUCAUGUCAUCCCCUGCUAGUGACCUGUUCCAUGUCGUGGUUUACCUUGCUCCAGGUGACUACCACUGUUUUCACUCACCAACUGAUUGGAAGGUGGGACUUCGACGUCACUUCCCAGGCUCGUUGAUGUCUGUAAACCCGGGGGUUGCUCGUUGGGUCAAGGAGCUCUUCUGCCUUAACGAGCGCGUGGUACUCAGUGGCCAAUGGCAGCACGGUUUCUUUUCAUUAACUGCAGUUGGAGCCACAAAUGUGGGGUCCAUCAGGGUUUACUUCGACCAGGAACUUCAAACCAACACCCCUCGUUAUAGGAAAGGCUCCUUCUACGAUCACAGCUAUGUUUCCUUGGGUGACCAGGUAAAGAGGCCUGAAGGCGAAGAAGGCAUGGAGUCUCUGGACAGAGGUGUGGUCCUACAGAAGGGCCAGCCUGUUGGUGAAUUUAACCUCGGCUCCACCAUCGUUCUACUCUUUGAAGCUCCUAAGAACUUUACCUUUUGCCUGCAGCCCGGACAACGAAUCAGAGUAGGGGAGGGCCUCGGCAGCCUGUGAUUGGCUGCACACUCAAGUGGCAGAGCAUUGCGGAGAGCAGAAAAAAGACAUGUCACAGACUCAAACUCCUCAAAUGCCUUGUGAUCCACAAGGGACAAAAUAUUUUAGCUGUUCUGUAUUUUUUUCAUCUUGCCUCAUUUCACAGCUCUGAAAGUAACAGAAGGUCUGCUUUUCCACAAUAUUUUGUAAAAUAUGUAAAUGUAAUAAAUACACUUUAACUUUGA